GAAAAAUUAAAAAUUUCAAAACGAAAACUUGAAGGUGGGGGAGAGAGAAAAAAACAGAGCGAAAAAAAGUAGAGCUUUUUGGUGAUUCUAGAUUUCAAAUUCCCUUUUAGAUCUCUGUUUUCAAUUUUUCAUUUGUGGGGUAGUUCCCGGGUUUUGAAUUUUCUUAUUAUUCAUCCAAAGUUGGUGCAUUUUCGCUGUAGAAUUAUGGUUUUCCUUGCAAAUUUCGUUACUUGAUUGCAAAUUCGUGAUUGAAGAGAAGAAGGUUCUGGCAUAUUGAUGCUUAUGGUUAUUUGAUGAGCUAUAUGUGUUCCUGCUAUGGUGUUGAAGAGGAAGGUAGAUUAUGGAUUCAGGGGCUUUCAGGUCCCAUUUGUACCUAGAUUUCCUAGAUCUGUAAGAAGGAGGAGUGCCUCUAAGAAACCUGCUAAGGAUGGCCGAGCUUAUGCAUUUGAAAUACUGGCAUCUGUGGCAGGCAAGUUGUUGCUUGAGGGUGAAAGUUCUGCGUCGAGCAAUGCUUCUGAAGGAAAUCAUCAACCUGCCAUUAGCCAAGGUGUUGUCGAGAAGGGAAGUCAGGACAAAGUUAGACCAUUAAAAGCAGAGGAGAUUCAUCGUGGAAGUAGUGUGGAGAGUAUUUUUAUAUCUGAGGCUGGCACACCAAAGAGUGGUCAGAAGCGCCUUGAGCAUGCUGAGACUGAUUGUGUGCUAGAGUGCAUUUCAAAUAAUAAUAAUAAUAAUUUCGACUGUUGGGGGAAAGAUGAAACUGAUGUGAAGUCCGAGAUUUUCAAAUUGGAGAGUAAGUUUGGACAUCAUUCUCAUAGGUUAUUGGAAGUACCUGAAGAGUCAUCUGAUGGUAAUGUAAAGAAUGGAUUUAGGGUGGAACAUGGGGCGAAUGGUUCAGGCUUCAAGAAAUCAUAUUUGGAUAAUAAGUUUAGUGUGAAGGAUCAAUUAGAACUGUGUGUUAACUCUCCUGCACUAAUUGGCACCAAAAAUAAUGUUAAUAGUCCAUAUUAUAGGAAAUUGUUUCCCAACAUUUCCUUUCCAAGGAAUGGGAAUGAUAUUAAGUUAGGUUUUAGAGAUGAUGACGAAAAACUGUUAAGAUGCAAAAAAGUUUGCACCAAGCCAAAGGCUUUUAGGUCUCCUCAACUUAUUGCACGCCGAAAAUUGAGGAAGAUGCUAGCUUAUAAAUACUGGAAGGCUGCACCAAAGUUGAAGGAUUAUGAGUAUUCUAGAUCUGAAGAGGGUGUUAAACCACUGUACCAUACGAGGAAGAUUGGUUACAGAUUUGAAAGAACACAGCAUAACACACUAUUCAAGAGGAGGAAAUUCUUUGAUCGGGGUUCAGUGCUAACAUCUGAUGGAGGAUUCAGCAGUGAUAGUGUAUCUAAUUUGCCUAAGAAAGGAAUGGAUCGAGACAGCCAUAGAUUAUCUUCAAAACUGCAUGUGUCUAAGGAUUCUCAUGUGAAGUUCAGCAUUAAGUCAUUCAAGAUACCAGAGCUUUAUAUUGAUGUUCCUGAAACUGCAACUGUUGGUUCAUUAAAGAGGACAGUAAUGGAGGCAGUGAUGACUUUACUUGGAAGCGGAAUGCAUGUUGGUGUUCUUGUUCAGGGUAAAAAAGUUAGAGAUGACAACAGAACUCUACUGCAGACAGGUAUAUGCCGUAAAGAAAAGUUGAAUAAACUUGGUUUCACAUUGGAGCCCAAUUCUAUUCAAGAUUCUCCAGCUGAUUGUCUUGGCGAUCCUUCCCAAUGUGAAACAUCUCAGCCUAUCAGAUCUCCUGAAACUCCUGUCCAAGAUUCAGGGACAACCCAUGGUUUACAGGAUUUGUCUUUGCCAAUUAGUACAGAGAACUUUGUUGAGAGUAACCCCGAGCGAACAACUUCUCCGACUGACACUAUAGCUGACAUAACAACACCAGAUUCCAGAGUGCUAGUUGCUGUUCCACCUAGGAGCCCAGAAGCAUUAGCCACGGUUCCUGUGAGCCAGAAAACUAAGCGCCCCGAACUUGUACAGCGUCGAACAAGGAGACCCUUCUCUGUAUCUGAAGUAGAAGCACUUGUGGAGGCAGUUGAGGAACUUGGAACUGGAAGGUGGCGUGAUGUAAAGUUGCGAGCUUUUGAGAAUGCAGACCAUAGAACUUAUGUAGACCUUAAGGAUAAGUGGAAAACAUUAGUGCACACUGCAAAAAUUUCGCCUCAACAAAGGAGAGGAGAGCCAGUUCCCCAGGAUCUGUUGAAUAGGGUUUUGACUGCACAUGCUUACUGGUGUCACCACCAAGCCAAGCAGCAUGGGCAUGGCAAGAACCGGGCUCUUACCAUGAAGACUCCAGAAGCUUCUGCUGAAGAACUCAGUGUUGGUGCCGUCCAACCACUUGUGAUUAUGUAGAAAGAAAGAAAAUGGUUGAUGUUGUUGACUUAUGCAACGAACUUGUACAUUUUGAUUCAAUUCCCUUGUAAUAUUCUCUCACCAAAUUCAUUGCCAGCCUUUUAGUUGCAUUGAGGUGUUGGCAUUUGUAAAUGAUUUGAAGGAAUAAGAUUGUUAUGGUAGGAACUUAACUAUGUUCUUUCAAUUUCUUGAAUGUAAGUAGAACUGUCCAAUGAACAUGACAGCAUAGCAAAGAAAUAGGAAAGUGCUGUUGAUUCCUUUUA